AUGGAGACACUCGCACUAAUCAUCGUUUAACUAUCUUGGGUGUUAGGGACCUAUGCAGAUGUUGCGAGUCUCAUUAGCCCAUCUCUUUUCGAUCAAAUGCUGAAAUAUCGAAACGAUGGGCGCUGCAAGGCUCCCGCGUUCUACAGGUAUGAUGCUUUCAUUACUGCUGCUAGAUCUUUCAAUGGAUUUGGCACAACAGGAGACGGUGCUACCCAGAAAAGAGAGCUUGCCGCAUUCUUGGGUCAAACCUCUCACGAAACCACUGGAGGAUGGCCAAGUUCACCAGAUAGUCCUUAUACAUGGGGAUAUUGCUUUAGCAGGGAACUCAACCAGGAUGUCAGCUACUGCACUCCAUCAGCCCAGUAUCCAUGCGCUCCCGGCAGAAAAUAUUACGGCCGAGGACCAAUCCAAGUAUCCAACUCACUCAGUGAUAACUACCACUAUGCUCAAGCGGGUAGAGCAAUCGGAGUGGAUCUGAUAAACAAUCCGGAUCUAGUAGCCACAGACCCAGUUGUGUCAUUCAAAACAGCUAUAUGGUUUUGGAUGACCCCUCAAGGAAACAAACCUUCAUGUCACAACGUCAUUAUAAAUAGUUGGACUCCAUCUGCUGCAGAUAAAGCGGCCAAUCGGGUCCCUGGAUAUGGAGUUAUUACAAAUAUCAUCAAUGGCGGACUUGAAUGCGGGCGCGGUCAAGAUAAUAGGGUACUAGAUCGGAUCGGGUUCUAUAAGAGGUACUGUGGCAUGUUAGGAAUGAGCACCGGGAACAACUUGGAUUAUAACAAUCAGAGAUCAUUUUAGGGAAGAUGAAAA